AUGCUUCCCCUAGCCCACAUCCCCGUGCGGCCUUCAUCGCAAGACUGCCUAGCCUGGUCUCCAGAUGGUGAGCUCGCAGUUGCCGCCGGCGAGGAAGUUUACCUUCUCAUUCCCCAAAAUGGGAGUUCCGAACCUUGGACACAUUUGCGCAUCACUGUCAGCAACUUCACCAGUAAAGAAUGGCCUUGGCAAGAGCAGGCCAGCUUCAAAGAUAUGUCCAUUGGCGAGGAGCAAGCCAGAGCCACCGUCACCGCUCUCGCAUGGUCGCCUCCCGGUCUAGCAAAACACAGACGCUCCGUCCUUGCAGUCCUGACUUCGAACUUGAUCUUAUCCUUCUGGGCCUCUGACUCCAAUCCUACUGAUCUAGACAGCUGGAAGAGGGUUUCGGUCAUCAAUAAAGCUCUUUUCUCGGGGAAUCGUCUCCAGCAAAGGAUCCGCAGCAUGGCAUGGGCUCCGACGAAUCCUCAGCACGUUGACCGCCGGACACCUCUUUCACAGAACAAGUGGGGAAUACCUCUUAUUGCUAUCGCAGACGACAGCAACGGCCUCUACAUCCUCAUGGUCUCAAGCCCUUUCACAGGACAGUCCCACGCAUGGACCGUUGAAGUACUCCACCGCCACAAUACUCCAAUGUCCAAUUCAUCGAAUGAGCGGCCAUCUCUGUUCAGCUUUGCCAUGAACACGAAUCACUUCAUUGACCGCAUUGAAUUUGGCACGUGGGAUGGCGAUAUCCCUGUCGUGUACCGCACUUCUGGGAUCCUUCACCAUGCAAGCGUAUCUGUCUACCAGGACCCUCAUUCUCGCGUACGACCUGAUGACGUUACGGACCAUGAAUCUCUCACUGUGAGCCUAAGCGAAGCUCGUACCGGAGGUGCCAAAACGUUCUCGCAAGCUAUAGUCACACCUCUCAUCAAAGCUCGAAUGGCAACAGAAAAGGAGAAAUUUGGGCUAGACAAUAAUAUCGGUAGCCAUGUAAUGGUGAGGACAUGGGGUUUGGCUUCAUUCAAUAAUCUGGUUGCGGCUUGCAUUACUCUUCAUCCAGCAAAGAUGGUCGAGUAUACCGCGCCGUUCGAAGGAACUUCUACAAUUCUAUUCGACGCCGGCAACGAUAACGGCAACGCAAAGAGCGUGUUUGCUUGGCAAAGCCUUACCGCAGUAGACGUAGUAAAGACGCAACAAUCCGUCCUGGACACAAAUUUUGACCAAAUUCUGCAGAGACCUCUAGCUUUGAAUAACAUCGAUCUCAGAAUUGUGUACACUGCACUUUGUGGUAGUUUGCUAUUAAGCGACGACAAACGACUUCAGCGACUUCAAGCCGCAGUGGAUGUCUUGGAUCUAAUUGAAUCCCGUGCGACCAUCGUUCUACUGGCAGAACGCCGCGCUCUCUUGGCCAUGGAGAAUGCACAUCAGCUCCCUGACCAGGAGCUCAAAAAUAUUAUCAGGCAGAUGACCAAAGAGAGAGGAGAAGCCGAGUCAAGCUCACGCGCUCCAGAGAAAGCCCUCCUUGAUCUCUGCCCCUUCUGUCCAGAUGGCCAACGGACCAUACCCUUCGAUAGCUUCACAAAGGCAUAUUGCCUACAAAAACAUCAUUUUGCAAGGUGCGCUCUUACACUUCUACCGCUGCUUGAGCCAGAAAUUACCAAGCGUUGUAUCAACUGCAAACGUGAAUUCUUCGAUGAACGGUCUCAUCCUGAAAUACAUAUGGAAUCAUCCCAACGGCUGAGUCAUAUCAACCUUAGCGACAGCAAUGCCGGAUACAUCGGCGCUGCGCAAGAAAAUAGUGGAAAUGUCAAGCAGUCUCUCGCCUCUGUGCUUUUUGACAAGUUCGAUACUUGCCCUUACUGCGGUGGCAAAUUCUGCGGUUGA